UUAAAACCCCGGCCCAUAAACCCACACAAACUCUUCGUGCUCUGGUAGUUCCCCUCCGAUGGUUUCCGCCACCGCGAGCGACACUGGAAACAGAUCAAUGAACUGAACUGAACUGAACUGAACUGAACCGAACCGAACAGCACUUCCGCCAUCUUCCAAUCACACAGAAACCCUAACCAUGUCCAUAUCCAUGUCACUGUCCUCAGUCCCUGCUCGUCUCACACUCCUCGCCCUCUUCUCCGCCACCACCUUCUAUUGCAUCUACAAAUCUCGCCGCCUACGACACCUCAAAUUCUCGCUCUACCCUAACACUAACACUAAACCUAACCCUAAACCGAAAAUCCUUUUUCUCUCCGAAACCGGCACCUCCAAAGCCCUUGCUUGUCGCCUCCACCGUCUCCUCGCUUCAAACGACAUCGCAUUUGACCUCGUCGAUUCGCAACACUACGAGCCCGAAGACCUCCCAAAAGAAACGCUCCUUCUCCUCAUCGCUUCCACGUGGCAAGACGGAAAGCCUCCUUCGGCUUCUCGAUUCUUCGUCACGUGGCUCGCCGACAGCGCCAACGACUUCCGAGCCGGCUCUUUGCUCCUCUCGCGCUGCAAGUUCGCCGUCUUCGGCGUCGGAAGCCGAGCCUAUGGCGACUCAUUCAACACCGUCGCCAGGGUUCUCGCGAAGCAUAUGAGGGCGCUUGGCGCCGCGGAGGUGCUUCCUCUGUGGGAAGGAGACGUUGACGGCGCUGACGUGGAUGCCGUUUUUGAUCUGUGGUGUGAGAAGGUGGUUGGGGUUUUGAAAGGUGGUGCUGUGGAUAACGGCGGUGACGAUGCCGGAGAAUGUGGCGUUUCGAGUUCCGAAGAGGAUUCUGAUGUGGAGAGUGAGGUGGAAUCGGAGAUUGUUGAUCUUGAGGACAUUGCUGGUAAAGCUCCUUCGAGGAAGUCGGUGGCUACGGGUGAGGAAACUAAUGGGAAAUUGAAUGGAACAAGAGAAAUGGUGACUCCGGUGAUUCGUGCGAAUUUAGAGAAGCAGGGAUAUAAAAUUAUUGGUUCACAUAGUGGUGUCAAGAUUUGUAGAUGGACCAAAUCGCAGCUUCGAGGUCGGGGUGGUUGCUACAAGCAUUCGUUCUAUGGAAUAGAGAGUCACAGGUGCAUGGAGGCAACCCCUAGCUUGGCAUGUGCAAAUAAAUGUGUUUUCUGUUGGAGGCAUCACACAAAUCCAGUAGGGAAAAGUUGGCAGUGGAAGAUUGACGAUCCAAUAGAGAUUGUAAAUUCUGCAAUAGACCUGCAUACAAAUAUGAUUAAACAAAUGAAAGGAGUUCCUGGAGUUACCUUGGAGCGAUUAACUGAAGGUCUCUCACCACGGCAUUGUGCAUUAUCCCUUGUUGGUGAACCAAUUAUGUAUCCAGAGAUAAAUUCACUUGUGGAUGAACUGCACAAAAGGAGGAUUUCUACUUUUUUAGUCACAAAUGCGCAAUUUCCAGAGAAAAUUCAGUUGCUGAAGCCUGUUACUCAGUUAUAUGUCAGUGUAGAUGCUGCAACAAAGGAUUCUUUGAAGGCAAUUGAUAGACCACUCUUUGGAGAUUUCUGGGAGCGAUUCAUUGGUUCCUUGACUUCUUUAAGAGAUAAACACCAGCGAACUGUAUACCGCCUGACCCUGGUGAAAGGUUGGAAUACUGAAGAUGUUGAUGCUUAUUCUAAGCUCUUCAGUUUAGGAGAACCUGACUUUGUUGAAAUCAAGGGAGUUACAUAUUGUGGCUCGUCUGCUACAUCAAAAUUGACAAUGGAAAAUGUCCCUUGGCAUACUGAUGUGAAAGCUUUCUCAGAAGCUCUUGCUUUGAAAAGUCAAGGGGAGUACGAAGUUGCAUGUGAGCAUGCUCACUCGUGCUGCGUGCUUUUAGCAAAAACUAAGAAAUUCAAAAUUGAUGGCAAGUGGUAUACAUGGAUAGACUAUGAAAAAUUCCAUGAUCUGGUGGCAUCUGGAAGAAAUUUUGACAGCAGAGAUUAUAUGACUGCCACACCAUCCUGGGCCGUCUAUGGAUCAGAGGAAGGAGGAUUUGAUCCAGGACACUUGAGAUAUAGGAAAGAGAGACAUCAUAAGUCAAGCCGCCGCAAUCAAUCAGGAUCAAAUUGAUGUCAACGUGAGAGCAAAGUGAUACUUU